CAAUUAGCCGCACUAUAAGACCUAUCUUGUACCGCAAUGGGCUCAUUGGGGCGCAUGGCGGGCGGGCUCAUCCGCUUCCUCGAUCCACUGUGGUGUUCAGCCGGGAGCCCUGAUAAGAUGCCGACCAUGUCGACGACUCCCCUACGUGGAGCUGCGAGGUCUCGCUUGCGGCACUAAGGCAUCGAGAUAGUGGGUCGUCUCCACGGCCGAGUUCGUCUUAUGAGAGUUGGAGCCCCCGACCUGGGUAAAGAUGCACAUCACCGGGCGCAUCUUCACCGCCGUCUCCGUAUUCACUGCGGCCUGGCUGAUGGCCGUUUCCACCCCAGCCGCUGCAUCGCCGGCGGUGAGCUAUGCCAACUCACUGAUCCAACAGCGCGCGGAUCCGCACAUCUCCAAGCACGAUGGGUGGUACUACUUCACGGCGACCGUCCCAGAAUACGACCGCAUAAUCCUGCGCCGUGCUCAAAGCAUCCAGACUCUCGCAUCUGCGGCCGAGACGACGAUAUGGCGACGGAAGGCUUCUGGGUACGGCAGCGGACAGGUCUGGGCGCCUGAGCUCCACUUCAUCGACGGGAAGUGGUACGUCUAUGUGGCCCUCGGCGUGGCCAACCAGUGGAAUAUCCGGACUUUCGUGCUGGAGGGCACAGGCGCCAACCCGUUGACUGCGAGCUGGGUAGAGAAAGGCCAGAUCAGAACCAACUGGGACACCUUCACGCUGGAUGCGUCCACCUUUGUGGCCAACGGCACCCGGUACUUGAUCUGGGCACAGGGCAUACCGGAUCGGCCAGACGAGAACUCGAGUAUCAUGAUCGCCCCGCUCGAGAACCCCUGGACGAUCCGGGGCCGGGCAGUUGCCAUCUCGCAUCCAGGCCUCCCGUGGGAGAGGAUCGGGUACAAAGUCAACGAAGGGCCCUAUGUGAUCCAGCGCAACGGCAGGAUCUUCCUGACCUACUCCGCCAGCGCCACCGACUACAACUACUGCAUGGGCCUGCUGACGGCGUCGGCGGGUUCGGAUCUCAUGAACCCGGCGUCCUGGAGCAAGUCGCAGACGCCCAUCUUCACGAGCAACGCCAAGACGAACCAGUGGGGGCCGGGGCAUAACUCGUUCGUCGAGUCGGAGGAUGGACAGAGCGACAUCAUGGUGUACCACGACCGCGGGUACCGAGACAUCAGGGGCGACCCGCUGAACGAUCCGAACCGGCGGACGCGGGUGCAGAAGGUGUACUGGAAGGAUGAUGGCACGCCGGAUUUUGGCAUCCCCGUGCCGGAGGGCAACACCCCGGUGCGGCUGCGAUCGGCCGCGGAUCACGGGACGUAUAUUCGCUACUACACCGGGUCGGCGAGCCCUACGGGCACUCCAGCCUUGGCGGAUACUCAGUUCCGCAUUGUCAGUCCGGGCCUUGCGGGCGGGAGUACCAUCAGUCUGGAAUCGACGAGCAACCCGGGCAUGUUCCUGCGCCGAGCGGGUGGUGCGGAAGUGCAGUUUGUGAAGGACACCACGCUGACUACCGCCGAUACGAAGGCGUCAGCGAGCUUCAACCGGGUUCCGGGACUGGCGGACGUCGAGGGUGUCUCAUUGGAGCUUUCUGAUGCCAAGGCCCAGUACCUCAGUCUCCGGCCGAGUGGGAAGCUCGUGGUGGCACCGGUGAAUGGCCAGGUCGAGGAGCAGAAGCUGGCGACAUUCUUUUCGGAGUAGGCCUGUUAUUAAAGGGAGAGAUGCCAUCGACCUUGCGUCGCGAAACCUGGGCCCAUGUCUGGCUGUUUUCUCUCGAAGUGAAUGCGGAGCACUCCCGGUUACCCCGCAUCCGAUGCGGGAGCGGACCUAGUGGGUCGCAAUCUAGCGGG